UCACACCAAAUCCAAAUCCCCCACUAUAUAUUAACCUUCUCACAUAUAUAUAAAGUUUACUACUCUUUAUCUCUCUCUCACUCUCUACUCUGUUAUCAUUUACUACUACUUAAACUUUCUAGAAAUCUGCAAAACCCUUAAUUUUGAACUCAUCACUAACCCUGUAUUUAUAUCACCUCUUAUGUUACCCACAUGCCCAAAACUUUAGCAACACACAACCCUAAUAAAUUGUUGUUGAUGAGUUGAUACAUUCUUUAUUGUUUUUGUUGAUCUUUCUGGGUUUCCUUUAAAGAAAGUGAUUAUGUGUUUAAUGGGUUUGUUGGGAGAUGUGUCAGUAACAUCAAGAAGACGAACAACAAUUCAAAACCGUAUUAAAUGUUGUCUUUUUGAUCACUCAAGAAGAAAACAACAAGACAGCAGAUGUUUUCAUCAUUCUUCUUCUUCUUCUUCUCCACACCAAGAAGCUUCGUUCAAGUCCGAUACGAUGUUCUUCUCCUCUAGCGUUCUCAGAUUAAUUCUCUUACUCUGUCUCUUCUCCUUCUCCACCGCUUCUUCCUCCGAUUCCACUUCCGCCGAGCAAACUCUCCGGCCGCAAGAGGAGAUUCAGAAGCUGAAACUGAUUAGAGAAGAGCUCAAAAAGAUCAACAAACCUGCUGUUAAAACCGUUCAGAGCUCAGAUGGAGAUACAAUAGACUGUGUUUCGACUCAUCAGCAACCAGCUUUUGAUCAUCCUCUCUUAAAAGGACAGAGACCAGUGGAUCCUCCUGAGAUCCCAAAAGGGUUUAGCAAAGAAGAGGAAUCGUAUGAAGAAGAUUCACAGCUGUGGAGUUUAUCAGGGGAGUCUUGUCCGGAAGGUACGAUUCCGAUAAGAAGAACAACGGAACAAGACAUGUUAAGAGCAAGUUCUGCCGGUAGAUUUGGUCGGAAAUUAAGGCGUGCUAGGAGAGAUUCCACUAGUAACGGACACGAACAUGCGGUGGGAUAUGUAACCGGGAGACAAUACUACGGAGCCAAAGCGAGUAUAAACGUGUGGUCGCCACGUGUGACCAGCCAAUACGAAUUUAGUCUUUCUCAGAUUUGGGUUAUUGCUGGUUCGUUCACACACGAUCUUAAUACUAUUGAAGCCGGUUGGCAAAUUAGCCCGGAGUUGUAUGGCGACACUUUCCCAAGAUUCUUCACUUAUUGGACGUCCGACGCAUACCGAACAACGGGUUGCUACAAUUUGUUGUGUUCCGGUUUCGUGCAAACCAACCGUCGAAUCGCGAUUGGAGCUGCCAUUUCUCCUAGAUCUUCGUAUAGAGGCAGACAAUUCGAUAUAAGCUUAUUAAUUUGGAAGGAUCCCAAGCACGGUCACUGGUGGCUACAAUUCGGGUCGGGUGCUUUAGUUGGAUAUUGGCCAUCGUUUCUAUUCACGCAUCUAAAGCAACAUGGGAGCAUGGUCCAGUUCGGGGGAGAGAUUGUGAACAACCGACCAGGUGGUUCACACACUUCGACACAAAUGGGCAGUGGCCAUUUCGCCGGUGAAGGUUUUGGUAAAGCAUCUUAUUUCAGGAAUCUCCAAAUCGUUGACUGGGACAAUACUCUAAUCCCCGCUUCGAAUCUAAAGAUGCUCGCAGAUCAUCCCAAUUGUUAUGAUAUUAGAGGUGGGACGAAUCGUGUGUGGGGUAACUAUUUUUACUAUGGAGGUCCAGGUAAAAACCCUAGAUGUCCAUGAACAGGAAGAAUCAAGAAAACAAAAAGAAAAAAGGUCAUUGAUUAUUAUUAUUCUUACAUUACAUGUAGUGAAUUUUGAGACUAAGGGAGAUUAGGAAUUUUUACAUUGCCGCUACGUGUUUUUGCAAAUAUCAUGUAGAUUUAAGAUUUUCUUUUACCAUAACAAUAUCACCACAAGCGAACAAAAUCUUGUUUGUGUGUUUUGGGUUAUGUUAUAAAAUUGAUCAGUAUAAAGUUUGGUAGUGAAUUAUACUUUUCUUGGUUGUUUUUUAAAAAUGUAUAAUGGCAAUGCAUUUAUAUUGUUUGAUUAGUGUUACUAAUGUGACCAUAUUCAUGAGAAUCAAGUGUUGUUGCUAUGUUA